AUGGAGGGCAAAAAAGGAAGGCGAAGUCGCGAAGGCGCACGGGACAGCCGAGGAAAGGAGGACGAUGAGAAAUUAAGGGAACGAGGAGUGAAAGGGGAAAGUCGGCAUCCGGAUUCGAACAAGCGGGAUAGGGAAAGGGAGAGAGGAAGGAGUAAGGAGAUUAGGAACCGUGAAAGGAAGGGGAAAGGGCCAGAAGGUGAGGAUGCAGAUGCGAAGGAGGAAGAGGAGAGGAAGAAGACGAGACAGGAGAGUGAUGAAUGGGGGGGAUCGGAGAGUGAUGGGAGUGGGGGUAAGGAGAAGGAGGAUCAGGAGAAGGGGAAGAGGAAGGGGAAGGGGAAGGAGAAGGAGAAAGAGAAGGAGAAGAGCAGCGGGCGUCACGAGAAGGGGAAGGAGAAGGGGAAGGGAAAGGGGAAGCGGCGAAGGAAAGAUUCUAGUAGCGAAAGUGAGAGUGAGAGUGAAAGUGAGAGUGGGAGUGAGAGUGAUGAUGAGAGUUCGGAAGAUAGCGAGGAGGAGAGGAGGGAGAGGAAACGAGCGCGAAGAGAGAAAAGGAGAGAUAAGGAAGGGAGCAAGUCGAGGAAAAAGAAGAAGAGGAAGAGAGGGAGCGAUGAUGACGGAGAGGAGGACGAGGAGGAAGACGAGACCACGUCGGAGAGUAGUGGGAGUGAGACGGAUGAGAGGAGGCUAGAAAGGAGGAGGAAAGAGAGAGAGCAGAGGAAGAAGGGGAAGGAGAGAGAGAAGAAGAGGAAAGAGAAGAGGAGGAAGAAGAAGGAGAAGAAGAAGGAGGAGAAGAGGGAGAAGAAAAAGGCGAAGAGGGAGGCUAAGAAAGAGGCCAAGUCUAAAGGGCCGGUCAUGGAGACCCUGGACCUCGUCCCGUUUCUCAAUCUUCAGCGGAAUCUGCUCUCACAUCCGGAUUGCUUGUGCCGGUGCAUACUCCUUUCCACCAUCACUGCUGCUGCUUCUGCUGCUUCUACUACUUCUGCUGCUGCUGCUGCUGCUGCUGCUGCUGCUGCUGCUGCUGCUGCUGCUGCUGCUGCUGCUGCUGCUGCUGCUGUUGUCUUUGUCUCCGCCUCCUUUCACUUACAUGCAAAUUUGGAGCAAUUGAGCGGAUUUGAGGAGAAGAACCUAUUCAAGGAGUUCAUGGAGGAUCACAACACUGCCACGUUCCCAUCCAAGAAGUAUUACAACUUAGCAGCGUGGGAGCAUCAGCAGAUGACGAAGAGGAAGGGGCGGCCGGACAAGCCUUCUGGAAAGGAGAUGACAGAGUUCAAUGAUGAGGAUGCGCGGAGGGAGGAAAUUCGCCGGGCGAGGGAGAAGCAGAAGGAGGAGGAGGUGCUGGCGCUCAAGCGCAGCAUGGAGUCGGGCAUGGCGCAAGCAAUGAGAGACCAGGAGCGACUCAAGGAGGAGCUGCGCUUCCUCUACCAGAUUGGAAACUACGAGGUGAAUUUCACUCCUGCUCUUGUUACACUGGUGGUAGUGGUUCAGUCACUUUCUUGGGUGACGCAAAAGCGACUCAAGGAGGAGCUGCGCUUCCUCUACCAGAUUGGAAACUACGAGGUGAAUUUCACUCCUGCUCUUGUUACACUGGUGGUAGUGGUUCAGUCACUUUCUUGGUUGACUCAAAAGCGACUCAAGGAGGAGCUGCGCUUCCUCUACCAGAUUGGAAACUACGAGGUGAAUUUCACUCCUGCUCUUGUUACACUGGUGGUAGUGGUUCAGUCACUUUCUUGGUUGACUCAAAAGCGACUCAAGGAGGAGCUGCGCUUCCUCUACCAGAUUGGGAACUACGAGCUCUCCACCUCCAACCUGAUCAUCCCUCUUACCAGUGUCCUCAUGGCCCCCCUCCUCCAAGGCCAUGCUCUGUUCGACCCUCCCCCUCACACCCUCUCCUGUGUCUUUCACUCGAGCUGUCAAGAGAAUCCCCUCCCCCUCAUACCCGCUGAUCUCCUCACCCCCCAUCCUCCCCUGCCGUCUCUCCUCCUCCCCUCCAGACUCCUCCCUGUCUCUCUCUGCUCCCCCUCCCCCGCACUCAUCCCCCUCUCCCUCACUACCCUCAUGGCUGUUCAAUCCUGGCUGUUGCUCCUCGCCUGUCUUUCCUUCCCCUCUCCGCUUUUUGUGCCUGGGACCCAGACACGCCCUAAUAACCCCCCCUUCUCCCUCUCCAUCGACCCGUCCUCCCUCUCCUUCCUCUCUUCCCUCACCAUCUUUCCCUCCCCACCCUCUAUCCUCCCUUCCCUCCACUUCUCCCUCUCCUUCUCUCUCCUCCCCUCCUCUCGCCCCCUCCUCCACCCCCUCUCUCCCCUCGACUCCCUCUCUCCGUUCCCCACCUCCCCCCCCUCUCUCCUCUACAACAACCAUCUGCAGCCUCCCACCACCAUCCACGAACGAGCUUCCCCCUGCCAUCAUCCGUGCAAGCAUGCUCACAGCAUGCAGCAGCCAUUGCGUGCCCCGGUCCCCAGGGACCCUCCAGCAGCCAUCCGCCUCAUCUGGGUGCUUCAAGCAUAG